CGCAGCCGCAAACCAGCACCGACGUCAUCACCACCAUCCACACUCGACCUUGUUGUUCGCGUGCCGUCAACCAGCGAUGCUUGUGCUGUUCGAGACACCGGCAGGGUAUGCCCUGUUCAAGGUGAAGAAGAGCGGCCUUAUGGAGGCCGAUGGCAAGGAUGUUGCGUCCCAGUUUGCCACCGCAGAGUCUGCCAACGACGCCGUCAAACUCAAGGCCUUCCGCAAGUUCACCAGCAUGCCGGAUGCGCUUGCCGCCGCCACAGCACUCACAGAGGGAAAGCUCUCCGACGGCCUCACAGAGUUCCUGCAGAACAGCAUUGUCCAGAAGAAGCUCAAGGACGAGCUUGCCGUGUACGACUCCAAGCUCGGCAAGGUCAUCAAGAAGGAGCUCAACAUCCCCUGCAUCCACUCGCCCGCCGUCUCCGAGCUCAUGCGCGGCAUCCGCACACAGCUCAACGCCCUCAUCAAGGAUUUGCAAGAGGGAGACAUGAAGGCCAUGUCCCUUGGUCUUGCACACUCCCUCUCGCGCUACAAGCUCAAGUUCAGCCCAGACAAAGUGGACACAAUGAUCGUGCAGGCCAUUGCACUCCUUGACGAUUUGGACAAGGAGCUCAACACAUAUGUCAUGCGCGUGCGCGAGUGGUACGGCUGGCAUUUCCCCGAGCUCAGCAAAUUGAUUGCGGACCACAAGGCGUUUGUGCGCACGAUCAUCACGGCGGGCAACCGCAAGAACUUUGCAUCGACAGACUUCUCCGAGAUUCUCCCGGAGGAGAUUGAGGCCGACGUGAAGGAGGCCGCCGAGAUCAGCAUGGGCACAGAGAUUGCGGACGAGGAUCUCGAUCACAUCAAGUACCUGGCGGAGCAAGUGCUGGCAAUUGCAGAAUACCGCGCACAGCUCUACGACUACCUCAAGAACAGAAUGAACGUGAUUGCGCCCAACCUGACGCUGAUGGUUGGCGAGCUUGUUGGCGCACGCCUCAUUGCCCACGCGGGCUCCCUCCUCAACCUGGCCAAGUACCCCGCCUCCACUGUGCAGAUUCUCGGUGCUGAGAAGGCACUCUUCCGCGCGCUGAAGACGAAGCACGACACUCCAAAGUACGGGCACCUGUACCACGCCUCGGUCGUCGGCCAGAGCAGCGGCAAGAACAAGGGCAAGAUGUCCCGCGUCCUUGCUGCGAAAACCUCCCUUGUGGCACGUAUUGAUGCGCUUGCGGAGGACUCGAAGCAGGACUAUGCAAUGGAGUACCGGGCCAAGGUCGAUGCGCGCUUGAGGCAGCUCGAGGGCGGUCGCGUGUACAAGCUCUCAAAGGCCGGCGUCUCCGUUGGCCCCUCGUCAUACGAACUCAACACACCAGUCAAGGGCUACAACGACGCUGCUGACUCGACGCUCGGCGCAACAGAGAAUGGCGAAAAGUCGGCCAAGAAGGACAAGAAGAAGAGCAAGGAGGAUGGGGAUGAUAAGAAGGAUAAGAAGAAGAAGAAGAAGGAGAAGAAGGAGAAGAAGGACAAGGGCGAGAAGAAGAAGAAGGACAAGGGCAAGCGGUCUGCUGAGGAUGCUGAUGCGGACGGUGAGGAGUCGCCCAAGAAGAAGAAGAAGUCGAAGAAGAAGGCAAAGCUGUCCGAGUAACCGUUGUGUCUCCUUUGUCCCGUGUGUAGUUGUUCGCUUCUUGCCUGCUUUUCUGUCGCCCCGUGCCAUGCUGCUCCCUCUCCUCUGCCUCUGUCUCCUUCUAAUGCUGAUGCUGGGUGGUGGAUGCUUCCGAAUACAAAACAUGAACAACAACAACAACAGAA